AUGCAGGAUCGACAGAAGAAGUACGUCAAUGAGCAUAGGGUGGAUCAUCAGUUUUCAAAUGGAGAUCAAGUAUUCUUGCAUGUGCGAUUGCGGAAGAGUCCAAUAUGUUACGGAAAGGACUCUAAGCUUGCACCACGCUUUGUGGGUCCUUUUGAGAUUUUAGAGAGGAUUGGUCCAAUUGCCUAUCGACUUGCUAUGUCGCCUAGUCUCUCGUGCAUUCGUGAUGUUUUCCAUGUUGCUUUUCUUUGUCAGUAUCAUCCUAAUAUAUCUCACAUUCUUGAUUGGACUGCUCUUCAGGUCGAGGAUGGGCAGCUCGCUCUCGAUCCCGUGGGCGUUCGGGAUCACAAGCAUCGCAUUCUCAAAGGUAGAGACAUUGAGCAGGUCAGGGUCCAGUGGAACCCUAAUGAUAAUUCUUUAGCUACUUGA